AUGUCUCCAAGCACUGAAAUAUCUCCGUCCUCUAACCCAACGACGCCUAGUAAGCCGGACGGAAUUACAGGUCAGCUCUGCACCUGGAUCACGAGCACCAAACUGUCUGAGGUUCCCGACCAUGUCAUCGAGCGCGCCAAAUACCUGAUCUUGGACGGCUUCGCCUGUGCUCUGGUCGCGGCGCACCUUCCGUGGUCUGAAACUGCUGUGAGAGGCGUGUGCACCAUGGAACCCUCGAGUGCCGGCCAAUGCACCCUCAUUGGCUGGGGAAGGGAGAAGAAGCUGCCCCCUGUGGCGGCAACCAUCCUCAACAGUACCUUUAUUCAGGGCUUCGAGCUCGACGACUAUCACUCCACGGCGCCUUUACACUCAAACUCCUUGCUGAUACCGGCAUUGCUGGCUUCGGUGGAGGCCGCUCCCUCCAGCUCUGAUGCCACUAGCGCUGCGGAAACUUCGCUCUCAACGGGUGCCAAUUUCCUGCACGCAUAUAUCGUCGGGUGUGAAGUCGGACCACGGGUUGGGAUGGCACUACAUGGUGCAGACUUACUGAGCCGAGGGUGGCAUAGCGGCGCCAUUCAAGGCCCCUCGGCAACGGCGGCCGCAGUCGCUUCACUACUUGGACUGUCAGGUGCGCAGACUGAAUGGGCAUUGGGCAUGGCGUGCACACAAACAGGCGGGCUCAUGUCCGCACAGUUUGGCUCCAUGGCGAAACGAAUGCAGCACGGCUUCGCAGCACGGAACGGCCUGUUUGCCGCGUUCAUGGCCAAAGAAAACUACACGGGGAUCCAGGAGGUCUACGAGGUCCCCUACGGCGGCUUCCUGAGCUGCUUCAGCCAAGGGGCGAACUUCGAGCCAAAGUCUCUGCCCGAUGAGCUCGUCAGCGGCCUCGGCUCGCGCUGGGAGCUCGAGGGAAUCCGCGUGAAACUGCACGCCGCGAUGGCUGGCUUGCACGGGACGAUCGACACGGUCGCCGGCCUACAGCGCUCGCACCCGGAGCUCUUUGCGCCGGACAAUCUCGCCAACAUCACGAAGAUCGUGACGCAGCACGCGCGGCCCGCGUUCGAGCACGGCGGCUGGAUCGCGGAUCCCACGCGGCCUCUCUCGAGCGUCGCGGCACAGAUGUCGAUCCAAUACGCUGCUGCGGCGCAGCUGGUCGACCGCCAAGUCUCAAUGGUACAGUUCGGGGCUUCGCGCCUGAACCGACCUUUACUCCGUGAGUUGAUGGCCAAAACCACGCCGACGCACAACAAGGCCUUUGACGCGACCAAAAUGUCUCGCUGGCAGACGGUCGUCACCGUCACGUUCGCCGACGGCACCGAGGUCCAGGGCCGCGUCGACGCGCCCCGUGGUAUCAAGCCGCCCGUCAGCAACGAGGAUAUUGUGGCCAAGUGGCGCGAGUUGACCGCCGAGAUCUUGGACGGUGACAGACGCGACGCCAUCGAGCGCUGUGUGCUGUCGCUGGAAAAAGUCCCCGAUGUGAGGCAGCUCGCUGCCCUGCUCGAGGAUCCGGUCAAAUGUCCCAUUGACGUUUGA